AAGAGCUGUGGGAAACCCACAGAGCUCUUACUGUACUUACUCUUACUGUAUUUAAGGCCUAGGCUACCAGCACUUAUUAGUUCGCUGACGAAGCUCUUCGAUGAGGAGCGAAACGUCCGACACCUUCUUCACAGAAGUUCAGAUGACGUCUCAAGAAGCCUUUCCCUCGUCAUGACGUAUUAUAGCUCUCAGACGUCACACGGUAACGCCCCGCCGUGGGCGGAGUCAAGCAGUUGUUUCCGCUCUGUGGAAAAUGUCGUCUGUUUUUACAGAUACAAACCAUCAGACUUGAACGGUUAUCGGUACGUAAAACAUCACAGGGAGGUUUUAUUACAACAACGCCACCAAGACGGAGUAAAGUGAUUGAAGAAUCUGAUACGCGUACAAAAUGUCUGCGGACUCCGGGCACACGAACACGGAACCAUGGGGAAGCUUCGACGAUCACCUCGUCCAGGGCGGAGGCUCUGCAGUCAUCGACAUGGAGAACAUGGACGACACAUCAGGCUCCAGCUUUGAGGACAUGGGAGAGAUGCAUCAGAGAAUGAAGGAAGAGGAGGAAGUGGCGGCGGAGGCGGCGGACGCCGACGAUGAUGAUGGCGAGUUCUUGGGCAUGAAGGGCUUAAAGGGUCAGCUGGGACGACAGGUGGCGGACGAAGUGUGGCAGGCGGGGAAGCGCCAGGCUUCCCGAGCCUUCAACCUGUACGGCAACAUCGACAUCCUGAGGCCAUAUUUUGACGUGGAACCCAUUCAGGUGCGCAGCAGGUUAAUUGAGUCACUGAUCCCCGUCCGCAUGAUCAACUUCCCUCAGAAGAUUGCAGGCGAGCUGUAUGGACCUCUCAUGCUGGUCUUCACACUGGUGGCCAUCUUGCUGCACGGCAUGAAGACGUCUGGGACUGUCAUUAGAGAAGGCACUCUGAUGGGGACCGCCAUCGGAACAUGUUUUGGCUACUGGGUGGGAGUGUCGUCUUUCAUCUACUUCCUGGCAUAUGUGGUCAACGCUCAGAUCACCAUGUUGCAAAUGCUGUCCCUGCUGGGCUACGGCUUGUUUGGCCACUGUGUAGUCCUCCUGGUGAGCUACAACGUGCACUUCCACUUCCUGUUCUACGCCCUCUGGCUGCUGCUGGGAGGACUGUCCACGCUGCGCAUGGUGGCAGCACUGCUGUCUCGUACGGUCGGUCGGACUCCUCGCCUCCUCCUGUGCGGGACCGUGUCGCUCCUCCACAUGCUCUUCCUGCUCUACCUUCACUUCGCCUACCACAAAAUUGUUGAAGGGAUUCUGGACUCCCUAGAAGGACCCAACUUAGCUGCCAUGCAGAGGGUGGCCAGAGACGUACCCCAAGUGAGGCUCAACUCCACCGUGACGAAUGUGGCGGCGUUUGCCAUUUGACCCCAUGCAGCCAUCUACAUAUGUCUAUUUUAAACUUUUGUUAUGAUGAUGUCUGAAGUUGGAAAGUCUGCUUCUGGUUUCUGGGAAUCGAACCGUCGGCCACAGUUUGUAUUCUUUAGCACAUCUCGACCCAGUUGUCAUGGUGUUUAAAAAGUGGAAAGGGGAUAUUUAUCCCUCCUUGGCUUCAGUUAAGAACAACACCAGCUUAUGUUAGCAACACUGAUUGCGCAAAAAAUACUCUAUAUUCCUCACAAUUAGCAGGUGAUUUGUCAUUCUGCCCAAUAAGCGGACAUGGUGUUAAUGGCUGUCACUCACCGCUCCCAGGAAGAGGGCGGAAUGUAGCGUGUUGGAACGCCAGCGGCUCCAUUGCAGUAACUUACCAUGACAGACAGCACCUUUUUAAUUUGGCCUCCCCGCCAGUAGGUGUCCCCGCUCAGUGAGAGGCAUGAAAAGUUGUCAUUUUGUGUUGUAACAAAUACAUUUCCAUUUCUUUUUCUGUGGUUGUGUAUGAGGACAUUAAAGAACAACUUUGUUCCUGUA